AUGCCACGCCAUGCACUGAAUGAACGCACUUGGCAGGAACCCAAAGAGGACCUGUGGGUGACAAAACAGAAGCAUACCCUCUCCCCCAAGUCAACAAGGGGGCUGGACCCAGCCAAGUACGAUCAGGCAGGGCCCGAUCACUUCCAGGCUGUCUCUUUGCAGGGUGAACGUGGCCAUCCGGGAGAAAGGGGAAACCCCGGAGCCUCUGGCCUUCUGGGGGAAAAGGGGAUGGCUGGCGGGCAGGGCCCGGACGGCCCCAAGGGUGAACGUGGCCAUCCGGGAGAAAGGGGAAACCCCGGAGCCUCUGGCCUUCUGGGGGAAAAGGGGAUGGCUGGCGGGCAGGGCCCGGACGGCCCCAAGGGCAAUCCAGGACCCACCGGAACUCCGGGAGAUCAAGGGCCACCAGGUCUUCAAGGUAUGCCUGGAGAAAGGGGCAUUGCUGGCACCCCUGGUCCCAAAGGAGACAGGGGCAGUAUGGGAGAAAAGGGAUCUGAAGGUACAGCUGGUAACGACGGUGCAAGAGGUCUCCCAGGUCCGUUGGGUCCAGUUGGCCCUGCAGGCCCUGCUGGUGAAAAGGGUGAACCGGGUCCUCGGGGUUUAGUCGGUCCUGCAGGUUCUCGUGGAAAUCCU